AUGACUUCAUCCGGAUCUCGAUUACAAGGCAAAGUGGCCAUUGUCACGGGAGCGGGCUCUGGCUUUGGAGCUGCCAUUGCCCGACGAUACGGCGAGGAAGGCGCAAAAGUCCUCGUUGCGGAUAUCAACGUCCAAGGAGGCGAACAAGUGGCCGCGCAGAACUCGAGCGAUCUCAAGUUUCAGCGCAUGGACGUGACUCGACGAGAGGACUGGGAAGCGAUCGUGGAUCGAGCCUUCUCCGAGUUUGGCAGAUUGGAUAUCGUGGUGAAUAAUGCGGGGACAAGCUAUCGCAAUAAGCCUACCGUCGAAGUCACCGAGGACGAAUGGGAGCGGGUCUUCAACGUCAACGUCAAGAGCAUCUAUCUCGCAGCGAACGUGGUCAUGCCCAAAUUCAUCGAGCAAGGCCAAGGCGGGUCCAUGAUCAACAUCUCGUCGACGGGUGCCAGCCGUCCUCGUCCCGGCCUCGUCUGGUAUAAUGCUUCCAAGGGCGCCGUCACAAAUGCAACCAAAGGCCUGGCAGCCGAAUACGGUCCGCACAACAUUCGCGUGAAUAGCGUCGCCCCUCUGCUCUCCGGUACAGGUCUGUUUUCCAUGUUCACCGGCAUGGAAGAUACUCCCGAGAAUCGCCAGAAGUUCAUCGGUAAUGUGCCUUUGGGUCGGCUCACAGAGGUAGAUGAUAUUGCGAACAUUUGUCUCUAUCUCGGGAGUGAAGAGGCGCGCUUCGUCAAUGGAACGGAGAUGGUGAUUGAUGGUGGGAAGUGUAUUUAG